AUGGCCUAUGACAGUCCCUGUCCUUCGCAGUCACGAACCUCUCCCUCCCUCUCCUCCAAUACCACCAUCAUCCUCGUUCCUGGGACCAAGACCUCCCAGACCGCCGAUUCCGUUGGGCCCCCUUGCCUCCCCCUCAUGGAGACUGAGGUUGGCCCCCAGCUGGGAUGCAACCAGCCAGGACACCAGGCCAGGUCCUGCCCCGCUGCCAUGGAUGUUAAUUCAUGUUUUAUUUUAUUAAUAAUACUACAGAAAAGCCUCCAUGAGCCAAUGUACAUCUGCCUCUGUAAUUUAUUUAUGAAUGCCCUCUUAGGAACUGUUAGCUUCUAUCCUUCAUUUCUGUAUCAUCUUCUUUCAGACACCCAAGUCAUUUCUUAUGAAUUUUGUUACACUCAAAUAGGUGUUAUGUAUACAUAUAUCAUGGGUGAAAUGACAAUUCUAACAGUUAUGGCCUAUGACAGGUAUGUAGCAAUAUACUUGCCAUUAAAAUACAACACUGUCAUGACAUGUACAAAACUGUACAAAUUAUUAUUUGCAGCCUGGAUCUAUCCUGUUGUUAUGGUGUCUUUUGCACUUAUCUUUUCUGUGUCAGUUCCUUUAUGUGGAAACCAGAUUAAUAAAUUGUAUUGUCACAACUGGGAUGUUUUGAAGCUAUCUUGUGUAGACACAACUGUUAAUAAUAUUUUGGGAUUUUUGGUAUAUGCUUCAUUUAUUCCACUCUUUUCUUUUACUGUAUAUUCUUACAUUAAGAUACUUAUGGUAUGCCAUAACAGCUCCAAAGAACACAACAGGAAAGCUUUGCAAACCUGUCUUCCACAUUUAAUUUCAUUAAUCAGCUUUUAUGCUACUGUGUUAUCAGAAAUUAUUCUAAGCCGAUUAAACCCUAAGAAUGUGUUAAACAUUGCUCAGGCAGCCUACCAAGCCACGAGCGACCAUCACGCCACCGACUACAACCUGGUCAAGCAGGCUAUCCUCCGCCGCCUAAACAUCACUACCGAGACCCACCGGGCAUGGUUUAGGGAGUAUCGGAGGGCCCCGGAGACACGCCCCAGGGUGGUUGCAGAGCAGUUGUGCGACCACAUAGUGUAUUGGCUGACCACCGGGAAGAAGACCUCCCAGCAGACCAGCCGCUCUCAAGGAACCCUCAGUGAAGUGGCGCCCUUGAUGGUGGACCUGCUCGUGGUGGUGAUGGAUGAGUAG